UCGCAUCCUUUGCUGCUAUCGCGCAAGAACCAAAACAUAAACCAAAAUUGUCUGCCUGCAUGCCUGGAAGUUGUCAACGGCGAAAAGGGGGAGAAAAAGGAGCAAACACACAUUAGAUCAAUAGAAAUCGCGCACCAACGAGCUCCGUUAAAGCCAGCAGGCGUCGGUUAGGUUAAAAAAAUCCUUCUAGAUAACACCGAACCUACCUCACUCAGCCAACAUACCAACCAGCCGGGUCAGCUUCCAGGACAUGUGCAGACGACGACGGUGAAGGUUAAAUCAUCGUGCAGGCUAAUUAAGUAAUUGCGGCAGGAUGGCGCCUGACCUAAAUCUCUUCGCAGUACAAGCACCAGCAGCAGCACCAACAGCACCAACAGUAGUGCUUCUUCCUGUGGAUUGCUAUUAUUGAUUGUCGGCCGGAUAAGUUUGGCCGUCGAUUGGGAAAAUGAUACCAUGGAUGCGUGAAAAGUUUGCCGAACGACGUGCCCGUUGGCAACAGUCACGCAGCAACAAACAUCCACGCGGUCUCGCCGACGGAGCAACGUCUAACUGCAGUUCGCCGUCAUCAAGCACAGGUCCGGAACCGUCGUCGGGCACAUCGACACCCGGAACGAACGUAUCGCCCGUACAUCAGUCCUCCUCCGCCUCCUCAGCAUCCCGGCAGCACAAGCAUCGCCACGGGCAACGGACAGCGAAAGGGCAUCACCACCACCAAUCGCAGCAACCGUUACCGUCGACCAGCGGAUCAUGGCGCUCGAGAUCAUCCAAAAGAGAAACCCAAGAUGAUGGCCCGUCGACGUACUGCCCGACACAGACCGUUCUGCUGCGAAUUAUAAGCCCACGGGGAGGUAUGGUCGAUGUGGAGGUGCUUCGUACGCUAACGGGCCGGCAGCUGAAAAUGUACGCCCUGGAAAAGUUUGCCAGCAAUGCCUUCACGAUGCCACACUUUUCGUCGGAUUUGGACGAGCUGGCCGACCGGUACCGAAUGAUACGGUCGCACAACAGACGGAUCUUCCGCGAUGACGAUGUCCUGAGUGAUGUGAACGACGAAGAGGAAUUUCUACUCGUGGCCAAGCGCAUCGAUGCAACACCGGCCGAGGAAAGCCUUAAAGGACCUUCCCCAGCCGAAAUAUUGGCCGCCACGCGCCAUAUACCACUUUCCCGCAUAAAUCAGGCGUCUGUUAACUUUAACCUAGGCAUGCUGCAAUCCGACCUACAACAAGAUUUGCGCCGCAUCAUGAUAUCACUUUCCAAAGCGUCCGCUUACGUGCACGGGACGGGACCAUGCGCCGGCAAACUAAUCGCUCUGUUUCAGCAGCGACUCAUCAACCGCAAGCGUCAUCAAAUUAGCUCCGUCGAGACGCUGCUCGAGAUGGGAUUCUCCUUGGACAAAAUUAAUCAAGCCUUACAAAUUACAAAGAACGUGUUUCCGGCGGCACUGGACUGGUUAAUACAGAACGAUAGUACGUCGAUGUUUUUUAACUGUGAUAAGAACGCUACGUGUGCGUCCUCUUCCGCAACGACGAAUCAAAUUCAAGAUGCAACCACAAACCUUACCGGCUACGAAUCACCGAUGGACGGUGGCCUUUCGCCCAUCACCGGACGUGGACGGAAAAGGUCAACCGUCGAGUGGGAAAGUAGAUCGACGUCCACACCGUCGUCGUCUGCUGGGAACUCGAUCGAGGAGGAAGAGUGCGACGGUGAAGAACAGGCGGAUCCAUUUACGAUAAAGCGCGAAAACGUUGCUGCCUUGCUAGAAAUUGUGCGCCUGUACUCGGAGAAAACGGUCGUUCCUGAUCCGGAAUUGGUUUCCUCCAUAGCGGAGAUGGGAUUCAAGGAGGAUAAUGUGCGUGAAGCAUUGAUUGCGACGCACAACAAUCAGGCGGCAGCGUGUGAAUGGUUGCUAGGCAAUCGGGCAAAAAGUGUACAGGGCGUAAACGAUGGCCUGCCGGCCGAAUCACCGAUCCUGCGUGUCCUGAUGGGUUCACCACAAGUACAAAUUAGUCUAGGCAACCCGAAAAUGUUUAUCGCACUGAUCUCAAUGUUGGACAACUCUUCCACGAUGACCAUGUGGCUUAGCGACAACGACACGUCAGCCGUGUUGGGACACAUUCUGCGUACGUACCACGAGGAGAAACACAUUGUCGCUAUUAAUCAGUUUAACAACGCGCAGGGCGGCAGCACUAGCAGCCAUCCGUAGUACGCCACUGUAAAGUAUGUAAAGAAAACUGCGAUCGCUUCCGAUAGGGGAGACAGCAACAAAAAGAAAACGUUCAAUAUGCCGCUAGUCUUUCGUACAAAUAUCCCUGUACCACACGUGUUAAGUAUUGUCUGCUAGCCUCCCACUCCCCAUUGCAGGCAAUCGGGGGGUUCGAAAAGGAAAACCAAAACAAAAAAAAGAUGUAACCAAUUUGCUACACCCUUGAAUGACGGCUUGUGCUUCAUCACCGCCCUCCCCCGUGAAACAACGAUUAGUUGUAAGUUUGUCGAUACGUCGCAUUUCACAGCAAGUAGUUUACCGUUGUUGGCCUCAUGUUUCAUCAUUCGCGCUGGUGGUGGUGAUGAUGAACGAUAGAAACUUAAAGAACCUACAUAAGCAACACAAGAUACGAUACCAAUUGCUAGUAACGCUUUUCUCAAGUCAAGUUAGUAGAACGGUUGGUUGUAGAUUAGACGGCACGUGGCUUUACGCUAGCAGCAAACACUUACUCAUGCACAUUACUAACGUUCGCAUAAGAGGAGUAGUAGAAUUAAGAAGGAAACUCGAAGAAAAACGGUGAACAAAAACGAACGCCAAAGAUGCACCAUAUAUUAUAUACAUUCUACUGAACAAGGGCGAUAUUUUGAAGACGUCAACGAAGAUUUGUGAUUUAAAAAUGGUAUGAUGUUUGGGCGUGUGUGUGUGUGUAAGCCACGACAGCCACGAAACGAAACUAAUGGGCGUUAUUAUAAAUAGCAAGAGUACAAGAUGGAAGAUGCGAAACCAGAAAGCACACUAGUGUGAAGCGAACGCAACGCAGCAAAGAGGAUAACAUUAUAUGACACUUAGGAAAUAGUGCAACGAAUGUCAAUCAAAC